AAUCGAUCUGGCUUGCCACCACCUGUUUUAGCUCGACAAGUCGCUGUAAAAAAAAAAUAUAUAUUUUAUCUGUUUACCAUUGAAAGUAUCGUUAACCUGGUAUGUGUGUCCGAAUAACACUGCUACAGCUAUGGAAGUUGUGUCGUCGUCGGUUGGGUUAAUGCGAUGUGGCAGUAAUCAUAAUAGGAUUUCACCCUCCUUUCUGAAUAAAGCUUCCUUCUGUCUGUCGCCCGGUUUAUUUAUUUAGCUCAUGGAGUGUUUACAUCAUCACACAGUUGAAUAGGUAGACUACUGUAAUGGUGUCAAGUGACAUAGUGGGUGCACGUUGCAUUAAUCUGUGUAUUGGGUUGAUAUUUCAGCAGAAGGUGGUUGACAGUUGAAGAAUAACACUACCCUAAUCUGCUCAUAUGGGUUGGGGACCUGGGUGGUAGCCCUGCUUGCUUCCACAGCCAGGUUGUGCUGACACAAAAAUGGGGAAACUUCAGAGCAAGUUCCGACGGUCGCGCUCUGAACUGUACAGGGCGACCAAAGGUGAUGGCGAGGAUGCUGCUGUUAGUCAGGUGAUACAGUAUGAACCCGCCCACCGUGACGCCGUCAACUGUGUCACCAACCUGACCUCAGACCUCUGUGUGUCUGGAGGAGGUGACAUGGCAGUGGUUGUGUAUGACUGGAGAGGAGGGAAGUUAUGUCAGUCAUUCCAAGGUCACAACAGAGAGGUUACCAAGGUGGAGUGUUUUCCUGGCAGCACCUGGAUCUUCAGUGCGUCUCGAGACAAGAGUGUUAUGAUGUGGGACCUCAACCAGGGGGACGAGCCCAUCCAGGAGUUCUGUGGCCAUGAGCUGGUGGUCAACGGGCUGGCCGUCAGUCCAGAUGGGUCGAGGCUGUGCACUGGUUCCCGUGACAACUCCAUGUGCCUCUGGGACAUUGAGUCUGGCGAGCGUGUGCAUAAGAACACAGUCUCCAGAAACCUGGUUACUCAUGUGUGCUGGGUACCUGAGAGCAGCUCCAUCGUUCAGACAUCCGAGGAUAAAACCAUCAGGGUGUGGGACAGUCGUACCUGGCAGGUCACUAACACGUUCCCAGCCAAGCAAUACAUCCAGACACACUGUGACAUCAGCGCCAACGGUAACCACCUCCUGUCCAGCAGCAAUGGCUUCGGAGGCCAAGGCUGUGAGGCUACGCUUUGGGACCUCAGGCAGCCUGGCUGUAAGGUGGUGGAGUACCGGGGCCACCGUGAGACCACCGCUUGCUGUGUGUUCCUGCCCUCCAGCCCCGGGGGCCCUGCGCUCGUAGCGUCCUCGUCUCACGACUGCUCAGUCAAAAUCUGGGAUCAAAACACUGCAGCCUGUCUGACCACUCUGACCCUGGAUGGAUCAGGUCCUUUGGUGUCUUUGGCCCCAAGUGACUCCAGCAGUCUGCUGUGUGCCAGCUUUAACACAGGGCUCCACAUACUCCACCAUCACAAGGAUGGGCUGGACCUAAAGGAGGUGGCGCGCUUCUGAUGAGGGCACAGGACCGGUGCCGGCACGGUAACCCGAAACCCCAAAUCCCCUACACUGUGGGCCACACAGACCUCCAAGCCAGCGGGGCCCUUUAAGUCAGAUGGACCUGAUCAGGAGACACCAUCCCUGGGUCAACUGAUGGGAGAAGACCCCUGCGAGUCAUUCUAAAUCAGGGAGAGCCCUAGACAUUGUACUCAGAGCAUCAGGCGAGGCCCAACUGCUUUGGAAUGUCUUGGUACAACAGAAAUGUUUUGGAUGUUUGGAGACUAAGUGGAUAGUGAUAGCUUUAGCACGUACAAUUAGCCAAAUUGCUAACUGUAAGUAGACAAUUGUUGAAUCGUUAAUCAGAUAGUUUAGGAAAAAGUGUAACCACUAUAAAAAUAGAGCGGACAAAUAAAUCAUGAAUCGUUUAGAGCAGGGGUGUAUUCACUAGGAACCAAACGGGCCCGAAAUGUGGAGGGACUAAACUGAACUUGUCCAAUAAGCGCAAAUGUUCAUUGCAAAAUAUUCAGUUGCAAAAUGCAUUUUGCUACGUUGUACACUAAUGAAUACACCCCAGUCGUGUCCCACUCUAAUAAAGUGUCUACUUCAGACCGGACUAGGGUGAAACUUCACAGGAGGAGAUUGACACUUACGUUCUUACGACAGUUUAUUUGAAAUGGCUUCACGACCCCAUUUUAAUAAUAUAAUAACAAAUUUAUGCUACAUUUUAUCAGACGCUUUUAUCCAAAGUGAUGACUUAGUCAUGCGUGCAUAUAUAAUUUUUUUUACGUAUGACUGGUGCCGGGAAUCGAACCCACUAUCCUGGUGUGGCAAGCGCCAUACUCUACCAACUGAGCUACAGCGCAACUCGGCAGUGCUAAUGUCGACCCGGGUUGUAAUAUUCGACUUCUGUGACAUACUCCGUUAUUACGUUGGCAAAAAUGUAACUUAUGGAAUGCAAUGUAUUUGUAUUAAACUGACUGAGAUACUGCCACACCAAGGGGCUUUCAGCGUUUGCCAAACUAGGGGUCGCGACCCCUUUUGGGCUCACAAGUUUUGAAAAUAGGGGUCUCGAGAGAAACUCUGAAAUAAAAUGUUAAAUUUGCGCUUGGUUAAUAGAAGCGGGAUUACAUCAGUAACCUCCGGUAGUCGCUAGAUAUGGUUGUAAUAAACAGAGCGGUUCUGUUUUCUUCCUACAAAUGUGGCUCCAUCUUUCGAAUGGUUUAAGCUACAAAAUAUUAUGACCCCCCCCCCCCAAUCACUGAAUGAUAAGACUCUCAGGAACACAUGUGUGUCUUCCCUUCUGCAAUGCCCACAAGCAGGACUCAUUUAGAACAGAAUGGACAAGUCCGACAAGCAGAACUCAUUAGAACAGCGUGGACAAGACCAAGCACUAAAUCAGACUGGGGGGGAAAAUAACAUCAAUGACGAUGUCAUUUUCUUCACAGAAAAUGAUACAGUAUAAAAUGAUUGGCUGAUGAUCUUCUGAACUUCCCGAUGCAUUUCAGUCAUUUCAAAACAUAUGUCCUUCAGAUUGAAAUACUGCCAAAAGUACUGUCAAACUGAUUUGUAAUAGACUGUCAUAGCCCAAAUUUUACAAGUUAACAUUGGCUGUUGAUUACGUCACUUUUUUAUUUAUUUUUUUCAAAUGGUGGGGUCGCGAAAACAUUUUUCAUAUCAAAGUGGGGUUGCGGGUCAAAACAGUUUGGGAAUCCCUGCUGUAGAUAGUUACCUCUGAGGAAUUGGAUCGGCACGGAGAGACACUAUACCAACACAUCAUGAAAGGGCUUUAGCUACAGGAGUUAACUGGCCAGUUACAUGGCUAACACAUUCUGAUGGGAACACAUCCCAUACAGUUUCAAGUUUUAAUGUCAUGUGCACAAGUACAGUGAAAUGCCUUUUCUUGCGAGCUCCAAAUGUAGCACAAAAAAAAGAACACAAGGUAGAACAAAAAUAAGAAGAACGCAAAGUAAGAAGCUAUAUACAGGGUCAGUUCCAAUACCAUAUUAACAAUGUGCAGGGAUACUGGAGUGAUAAGAGGCAGAUAUGUAUAGGGGUAAGGUGACUAGGCAUCGGGAUAUAUGAUAAACAGCGUAGCAGCAGCGUAAAUUAUGAUUGUAUGCGAGUGUGUGUGUGUACGUGACUAGAGUCCUGUGAGUGUGCAUGGAGACAGUGCAAAAAAUAAAAUACACGGGUCAACUCAGAAAGCCCAUGUAGCCAUUUUGUUAGCUAUUUAGCAGUCUUACGGCUUAGGGAUAGAAGCUGUUCAGGAGCCUGUUGGUGUCAUACAAACAUACACCGAAUGAAAAAAUAUAAAGAGCAACAUGUAAAGUGGUGGGCCCAUGUUUUCAUGAGCUGAAAUAAAAAGAUCCCAGAAAUGUUCCAUAUGAACAAAAUGCUUAUUUCUCAAAAAUGUUGUGCAUAAAUUUUUUUUUUUUGUCCCUGUUAGUGAAUAUUUGAUCCUUUUGUCAAGAUAAUCCAUCCACCUGACAGGUGUGGCAUAUCAAGAAGUUGAUUUAAACCACACGAUUAUUACACAGCUGCACCUUGUGCUGGGGACAAUAAAAGGCCACUCUAAAAUGUGCAGUUUAGUAACACAAUGCUACAGAUAUCAAGUGUGCAAUUGGCAUGCUGACUGCAGGAAUGUCCACCAGAGCUGUUGCCAGAGAAUUGAAUGUCAAUUUCUCUACCAUAAGCCACAUCCAACGUCGGUUUAGAGAAUUUGGCAGUAUGUCUAACCGGCCUCACAACUUCAGACCAUGUGUAACCACGACCUCCACACCCAGCUUCUUCACCUGCGGGAGUAUUUCUGUCUGUAAUAAAGCCUUUUUGUGGGGGAAAACUCAUCAAACUGAUCGGCUGGUCCUGGCUCCCAAGUGGGUGGGCCUAUGCCCUCCCAGGCCCACCCAUGGCUGCACCACUGCCCAGUCAUGUGAAAUCCAUAGAUUAGAACCUAAGGAAUUUAUUUCAAUUGACUGAUUUCCUUAUAUGAACUGUAACUCAGCAAAAUUGUUGCGUUUAUAUUUUUGUUUAGUAUGCAUACAAAAAUUGCAUCAGUGUCAACCAUGAGUGGCAUGGUGAGGAGCCACAAGCAUGAGAUGCCACUGUUUUGUGUAAUAAUCAAUGAUGCUCUUGGUUGGAAUCUAACCGUCCCAUUGUCUCCUUUAGUUACGUCACAAAUGGGACCCUAUACCCUAUUUGGUGCACUACUUUGGACCAGAGCCCUAUGGGUCUUGUUCAAAAGUAGUGCACUAAACAGGGAAUAGGGUGUAAUUUGGGAUGCAAACCAUAUUUGAAUAGAAUAAGAGAAGGGGUGUGUGGGUCCCGUUGUGUUAGCUCUGUCUGUGUUGGUCUUUAUGUUUGAUCUAAUAAAUCUGAUUGUUACUGUU